AUGCUGAUAAAAUCUCACCCGUUGCUUAGAAGAAUCGUCUCUGUUGAGCCCAAAUUGUAUCUGCGUGUGACGAAUGCCGGAAGGUCUGUUCAAAGAUAUCUUCCUGUUUCAUUUUUCUCAACUCAAAAACAGCAUGACCAAUAUAGUGCUGGGGAUAAAGGAAUUAGAAAAUUGGCAUUGGCUGAAAAUCUUGCAAACGUCUUGGACGAGUCCUCGAAUUAUUCUGUUGACAAAGAUGAAGGCACUGGAAAAAUGGCCCUGGCCAAGAAUCUGGCAUCCGUUGUACAAGAAUCUCACGACGAUCACGUACGAAAAUCGAGGCCAAGAACCCGUCUCGAGGUCAAGAGGUUUCUCGAGAUGCGCAUAAAGAAGAAGGUCAAAGAACAAUACGGAAACGGAAAAUUCCAAGACCUGAUGAAAAAAGUGAUUGCAGACCCAAACACACUAAGGGAGGCGUACGGCUGCAUAAGGGCGGCCUCUAAUGUCGAUUCAUCAUCGAAAGAUGAUAACUUGCCUUUUGAGUCCAUGGCCCACGAGCUCGCCAGUGGAGAAUUUGAUAUUAAGACCAACACAUACUCAAUAUUCACAAGAGGGUCGAAAGAUAAGAAGGAAAAGCUCGUUUUCCCUAAGCUGAAACUAAGAGUUGUCCAAGAAGCCAUCAGGAUAGUCUUGGAAGUCGUUUACCGGCCACACUUUUCGAAAAUUUCUCACGGUUUGAGAAGUGGUAGGGAUCAUUGCUCGGCAUUGAGAUAUAUCCGUAAAGAGAUUUCUAAUCCCGAUUGGUGGUUCACGUUUAUUAUUAACAAAAAACUCGAUGAUUGCAUCCUCGGAAAACUUUUUUCUUCGAUGGAGGAUAAAAUAGAUGACCCUGGUCUAUAUGCUGUAUUAAAAGAUAUGUUUGAUGCCAAUGUGCUUAAUAUGGAGUUCGGAGGUUUUCCCAAAGGACACGGCCUUCCUCAAGAAGGGAUUCUGUCUCCUAUACUAAUGAAUGUAUACCUCGAUUUGUUUGAUCGAGAAAUAUACAGAAUGUCGAUGCAUUACGAAACCUCGUACGCGUGUAAUAAUGUUGAGCAUCAUAACACGCGCUCAAAGCUCCGUGGCUGGUUUAGGAGACAAAUAAAUGGUAAAUGUGUACAGGAGGGAAAUGUUGGGAAUGACACGAAUGUGAGGGUACACUGUUGCCGUUUUAUGGAUGAGAUAUUUUUUGCCAUUUCGGGCCCGAAAGAAACAGCUUUAUCUCUCAAGUCCGAAAUCGAAGGUUUUUUGAAAAACGAACUUUACUUGGAGGUUGACAACAAUAAUGAGGCUGGUAUUUUGUCGUGCGGUGAUCCUAGUGGUGUAAAAUUUGUCGGCACGUUAAUCAAGAGACGCUUGAAAGAGGGUCCUGCAUUACAAGCCGUUCACAAGUUGAAGGACAAAGUAAAGCUAUUCGCGGAGCAAAAACGAGAGUCUUGGGAUGAAGGGGCUGUUAGAAUCGGGAAAAAAUGGCUGGCCCACGGGCUUAAGAAAGUCAAAGAAUCAGAAAUCGAGCAAUUAGCUGACAAAAGCUCGGUUUUGCAUCGAAUCUCCUGUUUUCGAAAACCCGGGAUGAAAAGCGAUCACUGGUACAAAGAGCUGCUCAAAAUAUGGCUGCAAGAUUUGCGUGACGCGAAAAAAACUCCAGAAAAUAGUGAAGAAAUUAUUUUAGCUAGGAAUAUAGUCGAGCCUGCUCUUCCGCAGGAACUAAAAGAUGCCUACUACGAAUUCCAAAAACAGGCCGAAGAAUAUGUGACCUCUGAAACGGCUUUAGCGCAGGCCCUUUUAUCGGGCCCAAGCACUUCACCGGAAUAUGUUACCACAACGAAUGUUAUUAUUGCUCCAGUGAAAGUUGUAAUGAAAUGCCUCAAUCGGUAUGGGUUGGUAAAUCAGGAAGGGCACGCUCGUACGUGCCACGUGUUGAUCUUGCUGGACGACAGUCAAAUUUUCAGUUGGUUCGCAGGAUUAGUCAACCGUUGGCUGAGAUGGUUCGACGGGUGUGACAAUUUCGACCAAGUGAAGAAUAUUAUCUCGAACCAAGUGAGAAUGUCGUGCGUUCGGACAUUAGCUGCUAAGUACAGGAUUCACGAGAGGGAGAUUGAAAAGAAGUUCGAUUUAGAACUGAGUAAAAUUCCCUCGACCCAAGAAAUCGAGCUGGAGGAAGCAAAUAAGGAGCUUGUUUCUCGAGAAUUUAAAUAUGAUGGUGCUUUGACUUACGGUAUAAAUUACUGUGGCUUGUGUUUGGUCUCGUUGGCUCGAAAUGUGGGCCAGUCGAGACCAUGCGGUUGUUUUGUGGUGGGCUGCGGAGAAUCGGCCUCGUGUGUUUACACUCUUCAUGUGAUGGAAAGAAAGAGGUUUCCGGGCUGGAAAACGGGCUUUUCGGGCUGUAUACAUCCGAGUUUGCAUAGGAGGAGGAUGGGCCUUUGCAGGCAGCAUUUGGUGGACUUGUUUCUUGGUGAUAUUUCGCUGCAGUCGAUCGAUUUUGGUGCUUGGAGAUGA